AUGAUAUCGACACCACCUUACCCGUCGGCCUCAAUAACAACAUCCCCCACUCGGCACGAGAUUCGCGAAGCUUCAUUUGGAUCAUCUCCGACAGGCAUCAUGGAUUUCUUGGAUGACGAAAUGGAAGCUAACCAGAACUUCAUUCUCCAGAAUCCGUAUGGAUACUUAAAUCACCUUUCAAGCACAAGGAGGUCAUCGUCAAGCGAUCCGACUGCUCCCUUCUUACUAUUGCAACCAAGGCAUGAUUGCACCAAUUCGCUCUGGAAUCAUUCCAACAAUGCGAAUGAUAAUGCUACAAGAACCCAACGGUCGAGGCAGCAAACAAGUACUUCCCAACCACUAUCAGAUCGGGAGAUAAAGUACAGUGUCUACUCGGAUCAAGAAUGCACGCUGGAGAUUCAAGUGGAAGAUAUUCCAAGCGGUCUUUUGCUCCCCCUAGCUUUUUGA